CUUGGUCUAUAUUACAGAUUUUGGACGCUAUAGUGGUUUUUCAUUGUCCUGCCAGUGGCUUCAAUCGCUAGGGGACCCCAGCGUGGCUAUCCGCAGGAGGGUGUGUGAGUGUACUGCUGCCACAUAUCGAGCAGGCUAGUUAGAUUAAUGUGGCGCUCAGGAUGUUGCAGCAGCAGCAGCCUAUUACAGGCAACGGGCCCAAUCCAAGCCGGGGGCUCGGGUUGAACGCUCACCCAGGAAUGCAUCCCUUAAACUCGGUCCAUCCACAGCAUCGCCCCGACGGCGAGUCGGGACUGGAAGGGGCAGAAAACGGCCACGAAAACCGAAGAGACAUCGGGGACAUUCUGCAACAAAUCAUGACCAUCACUGACCAAAGUUUAGACGAAGCCCAAGCAAAAAAACACGCGUUGAACUGUCAUCGGAUGAAGCCGGCUUUGUUCAGCGUGCUGUGUGAAAUUAAAGAGAAAACAGGUCUGUCUAUGCGAAAUACCCAGGAGGAGGAGCCACAGGACCCACAGCUGGUGCGUUUGGAUAACAUGCUUCUGGCUGAAGGCGUGGCUGGGCCAGAGAAAGGGGGCGGAGCCGCUGCAGCCGUCUCGGCGGCGACCAGCUCUGGGGGCAUGUCUCCGGACAGUUCUCUGGAGCAUUCGGACUACAAACAGAAGCUGAGCCAAAUCCGCACAAUAUACCACACAGAGCUGGAGAAAUACGAGCAGGCGUGUAGUGAGUUCACGACCCAUGUCAUGAAUCUUCUGCGGGAGCAGUCGCGCACACGGCCCGUUUCCCCGCGCGAGAUCGAGCGUAUGGUGGCCAUCAUCCACCGCAAGUUCAGCUCCAUCCAGACCCAACUCAAACAGAGCACGUGCGAGGCGGUCAUGAUCCUCCGCUCCCGCUUCCUGGAUGCCAGGCGUAAGAGACGCAACUUCAGCAAGCAGGCCACGGAGGUCCUGAACGAGUAUUUCUACUCGCACCUCUCCAACCCUUACCCCAGCGAGGAGGCCAAAGAGGAGCUGGCCAAACAGUGUGGAAUCACUGUGUCUCAGGUGUCCAACUGGUUUGGCAACAAGAGAAUCCGCUAUAAGAAGAACAUCGGCAAGUUCCAGGAAGAGGCCAACCUUUAUGCCAUGAAGACGGCCAUGGGGGCCACGCAGAGAGAGGGGUCUCCACACACUCCAAACUCUACCGGCUCAGGGUCCUUCUCGCUCUCAGGGUCAGCUGAUCUCUUUCUUGGAGUUCCUCCAGUGAAUGGAGAGCAGCCUGGCUACCACAUGGGAGCUCAGGACUCGCUCUCUCAGUCCCGCUUUUCAGAAAGACUCUAUAGUCCCAGAGAGAGCCGGACUAAUGGGAACUGGCAGGAGCAGGACACGCCUCCCUCUCCACCUGGGAGCGAACACUCUGAAAACUCGGACUAAUGGCUAACCUCCGCCUAGGAGAAAGAGAUCUGGACGAAGGUGAAGACGGAAAGAAUGAUGGUCACUCUUCUGCCCAAGUGCAGUUUUGUUUUUGUUGUUUUUUUUUUAAUCAAUAAGCGAUUAUUGAUUAUUGUACAUCAUAUUGUCUGGAAGAGUGUGCUUGUGUGAGCGCGAGAGAGUGGAAAUGGGAUUUUGGUGGGUUCAUCAUGUAUUUUGCUGUUUGUUUUUUUUUUUUUCCAGUUUAGUUUUCAGUUCAUUUUUCAUCACUUCACUACUUCCACUACUUGUUACUGCAAUAUUUGGGUUCUGAAGAGGGAACUUUAAACUGCAUUAAGACUGCUUUCUUUAUGACUAUAGUACUAUUGUUAUUGUUAUCACUGCUAUUCUAAUCUAUAUUGUUUCUUCAAAGCUCAGAUAGAGGUGAAUUGGCAUGGGUAAAGGGGGCAAUAGAGAAUAAUCCAAAGAUUGUUUGUUUUUUCUUUGUUUUUUUUUUGUGUGUGUGUGUGUGUAUGUGUGUGUGUGUUUCUCUUUUUUACUGUGUGUAUCUAUUAUAUGAAUGGGGUGUGUUUGCUUUGUCUUUAUUUACGGUUUGAAUGCGUAUAUCAACAGUGCUGUCUUUCUCUGUACAGUGAAACACCUGUAUUCUCUACCUCUUUUACAAUAAAGACUGUCUGUGUUACACAUUCAGCA